AUGGCUCAUUUCAAAGCAGCGACCUUUCUUCUUCAUGUUUCAUCCCUACCACGUCAUAGCGUGCGUACUUGCAGCCUUUUUCAAGCAAAAAGAGCACUUUAUUUUUCGUCCAUUAUGAAACGAUCACUAGAUUAUUCUACCGCUGAAAGUGGAGCUCCUAACUCCCUCGAUUACCGAAUGUAUUUCCGUAAGUAUAACUAUUUUCGAUCGUGUGUAGUCGAGUGUAAAUCUCGAGCUGCUUUCCCCAGUGGCCAGAUAUGGUGAAUGAAUAGUAGUUGAUCGAAGAAAAUUUGUUAUAUUUGUAGACUUUUUGCCCUUUGUAAAUUGAAUGUUUGACUUACUGUUAAAGAAAUUUGAUGUCGAAAUUUGAUGAAUACGCUUCACAGUUUUGAAAGAAAGGUGAUCUAAUUGCAUCGCAUAUCGACUCGCUUACCCUGGAUCUUGUGGGAUCAUGCUUCAUUUGCUUUCGUCUAGAGCAGUAAACUGCUGGCGACUUGCGUCUCUUAAUGUAAAAAAAGGACAAAGAAUCAUCCCAAGUAUGUUAGAUGAGCAGGAAUAGGGGAAAAAGUUGUUGAAAUUCCUCAGUUUUGAGGUGGACAAGAUUGCAAAUGGGUUGAUCACUACACUGAGUCCUAAAGGUGACACUAUGUCAUGAAUUUUUAAAAAGUCAUUUUAAGUCAGUGUAUUAACUGAAAGGGUUUUUUCACGUUACAGAGACGGGAAAAUUAUAGCAGCCUAAAAGUGUCACAGCAAUUUAAGGGUGGAUUCAUUUGCAACAUGCACUGUCACAUUUGCCCGAAUUUUCAUUCACAUGGUCAGCUACAAGAACAAAAACAUGAAUCUGACUGUGUAACGCCUCCUACCAAAUGCUGGGAAAUUAAACUGGUACCUCUUACAUUAUACAGGUCCAUGCACGCACUGUAUCUUCAUUUAAUCUCGACUUUGUGUAAGAUACAAUGAAAGUUAGACUUUGUGCUCAGCCAAAUAUGGUAAAACAAAAUUCAUCAUAUGUGUAACAGUUGCUGGUGUGACAGAAUGUCUAGACCAUUAAAUGGUCACAAAUUUUGUGCCCCACUUCCAACAACAAUUAUCAACCACUGGGUGGCCAUUAUUUUUCAGCUACAGCAUCCAUCCCCAUGAACUGAAAACAGAUUUCAAUUUUAUUUGAUGGUGUAUGUUUUUCUCCAGCUGCUUGCCUUGGUGCAAAUGUGUCCCUUGUUUUAAAAAUGUAAUGUAUCUAACGUGCAUAACCAUGCCUAACCUACCUACGAAGAUGACGAGACAAAAGCCUCAAAAUGUCUCGACAUUUUGUCAUUAUUUUCCAAACGCAUUAGAGGGCUGAAAGAAAAAACUCUUGAUCCUGAACCAAGAGGAUGGUCGGAAAAUGACUAGAACUUUUAAUCAGCUGGGAAUUUAGCCUGAGAAAACAGCCAACAUGAUUUUAGCAACACUACUACUGGUUUCCACACAAAAUAACAUCUGACAAAUGAGUGCAGAAAUUCCAUACUGAUGAUACCUCACUUCCCAGAUCUGGGUAGUACUUCUGAUUGGUUGAAAAUUUGCUUCUGAUCUACCACCCAGAUCCGGACAGUGACACAUCAUAGGUAUGGAGUUUCUGCAAUCAUUUCUGAGACAUCAUUAUGCCGGGAAACCAGCAUGGUGGCAUUGCAAAAUGUUGACUGUUUUCUCAGGCUACUGCAAAUUUAUGUUUUCAGCAUUUUUGUUGUAAACACACACAAAAAAAAAACAAUCAGUUACCAUCAAUCAAAACUGUAAUAUCUACCCCCCAUUCUUUGUGUGAGUUACCAAGCAGCAGUUCAAAAUAUAAAUAAUAUAUUAUUUUAUUGUGAACUUAAAUUCAGUCUCUAUUGAUUUAGUACAUUAAUUUAGUAUCUGGUGUAUCCAAACCCUGUCAGACUCUCAACAAAAGAUAACAAUAAUUAUUAUUAUGACAUUUUAAAGAAAAAAAUGAUAAUGUAAUCUUAUCUUUGUCAGGUGAUAAAGAAGGACAUGCUGUCUCUCCUUUUCAUGACAUUUCAUUGUUUGCAAAUGAUGAGGUGAGUCAAAUACUGUUUAUUAUUGAAUAGCUUGCGUGCAAGCUCCCCAUUAAGGGAAUAUCAGCUACAUGCAUGUAUGGCUGCUGGCUGCUGGCUGUAGCUUUAUCACCUUCCAAAUAGCUCUGCAAAAAAAAAAACCCAAGGGGCAGCUACAUCCCUGGAAUAUCUGUUAGAAGUUUGGGAUCUAGAAUUUUCAAACAUUUGUUGAAAAUUUCUCCACCCCCUAUUUUCGUGGGUAUAAUUUGUUUUAACGGAUUUUUACCCUAAAAAGGUCACCUCACCUUUUUUCAAAUUUUCUAAAAUCACUCAAAAUGGAUGAAAAAUUUUUAGAGGAUAAAAAUAUGCCUAACAAAACUUUAUGUUUAAGUGGUUUUGAACUAUAUUCUCACUGGGUCCAUAGAAAAACCUAGUUUUCUAUUCCCUGAAACCUAAAUGGAAUUCUCCACCCCAUGUGGUAUUGUUGCAGCUCACCUCACUAAACACUCAAAAUGGAGAACUUGUAACAAAACUUUGUUGAUAUAAGUCCAUAGUAGUCUAUUCAAACCUACUGGCUAUUUCAAUCAUUAUUGAAACCCUUGCUUGGUUGAGUUUGAAGUAUAUACUAAAAUUGAUAGUACCAUGUGAAAGCUAUAACUACAGAAUUAAGGUUUCAUUUGAACGGUAACAUUAACACCUCAGGAUUUCAUCCACAGACUCAGUAGUUAGAACUACAUAUUAAAUAAUUAAUUAACUACUAGUACUGUGUGAAAGUACGGCUGAAUAGGUUUCGUUUGAAUGGUCACAACAUGUUUUUCUUACACACUCAAAAGUUAGAAGUAUGUACAUAGUAAGUAGCACCAACAAUGAUGUGAAGGUAUAGUGUUGAUUUUGAUUGGUCGCACAUGCAUUUCUUCCACAAUAAUAUUAAUUUUAGAGAUGCAAGUCAUACUAUUGUAAUUAAGUUGUCAGACAUAAACUUACCACUGAAAAGGUUUCACUUUAGUGGUCAUGCUAUACUCUCUGUAGGACACUGUCAUUGUGCAACAGUUAGAAUUACAUACUAAAGAAAUAGUACAAGUGUAUAGAAGUAUUGCUUAAGAGAUUUUGUUUGAAUGGUAAAACACACAGGAUUUUGUCCACAUACCUUUAGAAGGGAAUGUAAAAAGGAACCUAAUAUUGUGCCAGUAUCAUCUUUACACUAAAGGAAAGUCUAGUAUUUGAUUAAAAGACAUGAACUUGGAGCUUUUUUUAAAGACAUCCCUUCAACUGUCUGUCUUGUACCACAGAAAUUUUUGCAUUCACUAAAUAUACUGUUGAUUGAUUUCUUUUCUAGAAAACAGUUUGCAACAUGGUUGUGGAGGUCCCCCGGUGGACUAAUGCCAAGAUGGAGGUGUGUCAACCUUCUGUUUUCAUUCUAAUGUCAACUUGACAUAAUAAGCAAUCUUUCAUUCUUCUUAACUCAAUGAUGUGCACAUUAUUAAGGUCAGCUGCAUUUUCCAGUCUGGCAGAGAUUGGAUGUGAGCACUACUUGUACCUUGUACUAGGAGAGAAGUAAGAAGCGGUUAGUUUCUGUCCUGGAUACGUCAUAAAAGUAAUAUUGGGUUAUUCCAGAAAAAAUCCACACCCCUACGACGGAAGGCAUGUUAGAAAAUCUCACGGGAGGGGGGCUCUGAACCUAAAAGUGCAUCCUCGGGAGUAACGUUAACUUUCAAUUUCAUCGAUGUGUCAAUCGCUUCAAUUGAUAAGUUUUAAAAAAAUUGCUUUGCCUUUUCAAAUUUCAUUAUUCUUUCAAACUACAGACCUCUUACCACAUUUGUUUUAAGUUUCCAUCCAUAGGCUCGCCCUUGUUACUUUUGUAGAAGCAACAUGGGAUAACUUGAAGAUAUCAAGAAAAAUCGCAUAAUUCAUUGAAAAAAGUGCUCAGUUCAAGUAAAGCAAACAAUGAUUUUACCUUGAAUUAUACAUUUUUCCAAGGUUAAUGCUAUUUCAGGGUGAUUUACCGCUAAACAGGCCUUACAAGUACAUUUUGUAAGCGUGAUUGUUCGUGAUUGUUUGGCGGCUAUUUUGAGAGCCAAGUGUUGUGGCAAGUGGUACAGCGCAUCAUGUAAUAUCCAGCUAAAUAUCCUUUUUCUUUCUUUCGCGGUCAUGAACAUAAGAAGAGAGUCAUUUAUUCGAGAACAUAGUUUUGAGCCCUAUUGUAGUAUUAUUGCUGUAUAUUUUUGAAGUUCACUCAAAUAUGAGCUUAUUUGCAAAAAGUGUAAGCCUGUUUAAGAAGAUGUGAAAAUGGAAUCUUAACGUUCACAACAAACACAAAAUUCACGGAAAACUGAGACUUAUUUAACAAAAAGGACCAUCUGCCUAAAAGGAUUCUUCUACAUUGAGUGUAAAGUAAAAUCACGGUGUCUAACAAUUUUAUGGAAAUCCAGAUUGGAGGGGGGGGGUCUUUGAACUUGGAAAUCCUUAGGGGAGGGGGGACUCAAGCAGUUUUGGAAAUCCAGGUGGAUGGGGGGGUCAAAAAACCAUGCCUUCUGUCGUGGGGGUGUGGAUUUUUUCUGGAAUAACCCCUUGUUGUAUUCGCUAUAGUUCUCAUCACUUUACACAUUUCUGUUUUACCUUCUUUACUGUUUAAUAAUAAAUACAUGUAUUCAUGAAAGCUACAUGUAUACCCACUGUACACGUUAAACUAGUAGUAAUCUCAGAUUAGGAAGUGCGUUCGAGCUUUCUUUGGUUUACUGUCAAAUGUGACAUUAUUUCCUAAUAAAUUGAUGCUGCAAAAUGCUUCCUAUAUGUUUGUUUUUAACAAAAAAAACAAAACAAAACAACUACGAAAAAAGAAAAAAGUCUCACCCGGCAGGAGUCGAACCCAAGACCUUCGACGUGUAAAGAGAACACAUUAUCUAUUGCGCCACACAACCAUUGCCAAAGACUGGAUGUCAAAUUUAACAUCUUUGUGUCCACAAGAUAGAUUUCUUAUUCAAGAUGGUGCAGAAAAUGCAGACAUAUGAUGAAAUGAGUUCAACAAGAGGUCACCCUUGAGUACCACAGGAAUUCCAAGAUUAUGUGUUGCGUUCUCCUAACAUCGAACACAAUUAAUCUCUGUCAAGUCCAUCAUUUUGUCACCGAAUAUCGGGGCUGUCAUUAGCAGCAAGGGUGGCACAGUUGGUUAGUGCGCAGCCUUUGGUGCGCAAGGUCCGAGGUUCAAUCCCUGGUAACAUCACAUCCUUGUUUCAACUUCUCUCCUUUCUGUGUAGCUUUGACUAGCUUGAAAUACCCUUAAAAUGGUGCAUUGAUGGAUAGACGGGGUGGUGGGGGGUAAAUGGAUGCACUGUCGACCUCAAGUUUAUCAGUUUAUUAUUACUGUCACGAGUUAUCAACAUGAAAUAUGGUUGCUUUCCCUUUACCAUUAAGCCAGGGGCUGGGGAUUUCCUGUUAUGAAUGUGGCCCCUGGAUAUGAAAUUUUCAGAGGAAAAUAAAUGAAAAACAGAAGCAAAAGAAAUCCCUAGCAUUUUAAUUCCCUGCCCACUUAUUGUAUUUGAAACCUGGUAACUUGAAAUCUUAGUGACAGCCCUGUAGUGAUUUUAUAUUAAAGUUGAAACCUCAUGUGCAACAUUUCCUCUUUUACAUGACUACCUCCCAAAAGCAGUACCAGUUACCGUAUUUAUUCGACUAUAAGCCGAGCGAUUUUUACACAAAUUAAAACUGAAGUGAAUUAAAAUUUGGGCUAUAGAGGGGGUCUCGGCUUAUAGCCGAAAGUUUUUGAAAAAAAAAUUUUUCCGGCGCAUGGAAACUCUACUAAAUCGAGAUGUAUUUACGUAUAAGCCGAGCUAAAGUAAAGAAACACAUUAUGCAAUCGUUGGUUAUUAACUUUUACGAAUGUGGUGGCUCCUAAAGGAGCCGUUUGUUAAAUUUAAUGUGUUUUCACAGAAAAGAUAAAGAUUCUUGAUAGGGAAUAACCGUGACGCUGACGGUUCCAUGAUUUUGACGCUUCCAUGAUUUUGAAAUCCUGCUUGACGACACAAAAGCUAAUCUGGAGCUAAGAAAACUCGAACGCACUUAUUGAUCUAUGAUUACUACUAGUUUUAAAUUCAUUUUUUGGAUCACAUUUAUUCAUCUGAGUUAUGAUUCGUUGCUUUUCAUAAAUACCAGUUAUCCAAAACACCAAAACUUUUCCUGUCAAGGCUUCACAGUUGAAACCUUUUAUAAAGAACCACUUCCUGUAAGUCAGACCAUGGUAACUAUUUGGGGAGGACAGCUAAUGAUUUUUCAUUGUUUUUAACCUCUCUUACAUGUAAGCAACCACUUGACAAUGAUUUUGUCUGAUCUCUCAAGUUUGCUGUGUGUAUCAUGCUACCUCGAAUACAGGAUAAAGAACUUAAGAAACAACAUGAAACUACAAUGUCUAAACUUUGCAAUAAAGUUAUCUUCCAUAAAGUACAGUAGAUGUGUUUGUACAAAGUUACUGAUUUUUAGUAGCUUGCAUUUUUAUUUUAAGUGGAUUUUGUUGUAUUAUAUUUGAUUUAGAUAGCUACCAAAGAAGCACUUAAUCCCAUCAAGCAAGAUUGUAAGAAGGGAAAACUACGAUAUGUGCACAACUGCUUCCCUUACCACGGUUACAUUUGGAAUUAUGGUGCUCUCCCUCAGGUGAGAAAAAUUAAUAUAAUGAUUAAAAGGGUAGACCUUCUAUCACAGAUAAAUCUUGUUGUUCAUUGGAUCUGCAUAGCAAAGAAUUAAAGACAGAUUUUAUGAAAGAUUUAGUGCACCUCGUUUCCAGGGUUCUCUCGUACUUGAGAAGGAGAGUAUCCCGGUAACAAAGUUGAGAUAUAUAAGGCCUUCUGAUAGGAUUUGAAAAAUAAUAAUAAAUUAUGAGGCUACCUCACGUGAAGAGUCACUCAGAGAUUUAAUCCACAAACUCAUUUGAUAAUAUUAGUGAAAUUUUUUUUAUCUAGGGCCAAUUUUAUUGUAUUAAAACUUUUACAAGUGCAAUUCCAAAGUGUAGCUAUUGUUUUCAGACUUUAAGACAAAUAGCUACACGUUUAAAUUACACUAAGCUCUUGAAAAAGUUUAAUGAAAUUGACCCCUCAUUUUUUUUUUUAUUUUUAUCUGUCAAUUUCAGACAUGGGAAGAUCCAAACCACAAGGAUAAAGACACAAAAUGCAUGGGUGAUAAUGAUCCAAUUGAUGCUUGUGAGAUUGGUACCAUGGUUAGUUCAUCAUUAAUUAAUUUAUUUUUUAUUUAUUAUUUUUAUUUAUUUAUUUAUUUUCAUUUACUAGGCAAGCAAGGCCAUGCAUGAGGCAGGCAUGGAGUUGUGCCAUCUGCGAAAGUGUCUGUCUUGCACGCCACACCCACAUUAUCCUUGCACUCACUCGCCUGAAAAAUGCCCCUGCCCUGUUUGCUAGUUUAUUAAUGGUACACAGCUUCUCAGUUUUCUUGAGCAGGAGUGAUCUUUGACCUUUUUUUUUACACUUCUUUCCCCUUUUGUUGGGCAUUUGGUCCAUUCUUGGUGAAAAAGUUGAAAAAGUGAUAAAAAUUAUAAUGUUAAAGUCACUAAGGUGGGUAGGUAGUAGGAGGAGUUUUCCUUUUUUAAGUUUUAGUGAAAGUUACACAAAAAAAUUUUUGUUUGUCUCUGGUUCGCUAUGACUUAAACAAGCUCAGUUGGCCAUGGUAUUUUAUGAAAGAUGCCUUCCAUCUGCAUUCGUAAACAUCACAGUGAUGUACAUGUACACACAUCAUAAAUAAUAUCUUCUACCCUUCCACAGUUUUUCAAGUUUUAAUGGGGAUCAUUUGGUAAAAAUUUGUCGCCACCCAGCCUACAGAGAAAGUAGUGUCCAAUAGCCCAGGGCUAGUGGAUUUUGCUAUCGGGCUACUGAAUUCUGUUUUUAACUUGCCCGACGGGCAAGUGAUGUUUUUUGAGGAAUUCGAAUAACAGAAGAACUGUGAAAUUAAUUCUUCUGAUCAAAAUAUUUUUGGGGCUAGUUGAAAUGACGUCUAGGCUAGUAAAAUGCUGGCUUCAGCUUGCCCGAAUGGCAAGCUGUAAAAAUGAUUUUCUGUGCACCCUGACACCACUAAAAAAGCAACUUAACAUUAGUGAACUUGCUAAGUUUGAGACUGAUAUGUCUAUAGUGAGCAAAGAUAUGGCUCCUCAAAGUCACGGAAAUUUACAAUGACAGAGAUGCCAACCUCUGGAGACUCUCCUUUUUUCACUCGCCCCGGGAAUUUCAACAGACCCCCCCCCCAACAAAUUGAUGCUGCCCCCAAUGGGAAUGACUUAGGACAUUAUAUGAUGUGUUAUAUGAAGUACAUACUAUCAAAUUUCACAAUCAUCGUUUUGAUGUCAGAAAUAAUCUUUGUCAAUGACCAAAUACAUGCAAAAAUGCCCCAGAAACCGAAAAAUUGAAGUUUUGAGCUUAAAAUGGGCUAAAUCUCAAACUAAGGCACAGGAAUUUUGUCCGGGAGAUAUGGUGACCCAUACAGGAGAGCGGGAGAUCAGCGCUGUAUCUGGGAGACUCCUGGAUAAUCCAGGAGAGUUGGCAUGUAUGCAAUGAUGUUUGUGUAUGGUGGGGGCACAAACUUGACCCCACAUAGAAACAUGAGUAAAAUUUCACAACUUUCUGGGGCUAUUUCUUCAUUAGUUUUCAACAAAUCACUUUCAAACUUGGCAACUUUACUGAUUUUAAGGGGUUCUUUCAGGGUAUAUUGAUGGAUUUUCCAAAUUCACAGGUCCGAGUCAAAGUUAAAAAAACUUUGUUUUGUGAUACAAGGGGCAUGGUUUGGGACCGUCACAGGCUGUUGAGUUGUGAAUGGUGUAAUAAAAUAAAACAUGACUGUUUACUUUUCUCAAAUGUUUAGAUUGCCAAACGAGGCGAUGUUAAGCAAGUUAAAAUCUUAGGGACUAUCGCUUUGAUUGAUGAAGGUGAAACAGACUGGAAAGUCUUUUGCAUUGAUGUAAAUGAUCCUCUUGCAAAGGACAUGGAAGGUAAGAUUAAAUAAUUAUUGUAGUGUUGUAGUACUGCAUUAAACUCACAUCUAGGCUAGCACUGUGAAGUACAAAGAGGUUUUUCUAACUUGAAGCCUGGACUUCUUAAUAUACCUGUCAUAUAAAUUAAUAUAUAUUCCAACACAGUCAUCUCUUGCCUUGCGGGCACGGACACCUAGCUAUAACGGACGCCCUGAUAACACGGCCACGGCUAGAUCCCAGGAAUAAUAAUGUACAGAUGUUUGACUGAAAUAAACUCCCGCUAUUAUGGACUCUCACUAAUGAGGACACUGACUCAAGGUCCCAGUAGUGUCCGAUAUAAAGGGAGUUGUCUGUAUUAGGAUAUUAUGAUUUCCAAAUAAGUUGUUAUCCCUUUUCCUUCUGUACUGGUUAGGAGAACUUGUUUAACCCUUUAAACCUCAAGAUCAAAAUUUGAAUUCUCAUUUGUUGCCUCUCUUAAUUUCCUACAGAAGUAGUGGGGAGAAGUUCAUAAAAUAUCAAGCAAAUUCAUCUCGUGUGAUCAUGUCUGUAAUUCUCAUGACCACUCUGUUUUACAAAGCAUUGAUGUUACAAGGAGAAAUUUAAUGCUGAUCACUCUUAGGGCUUAAUGGGUUAACUCUAAAUUUUGUCAGUCUUAGGUGGCUUUCAGACCCUAACCCUGUCUAAGACAAAAUGCUUUCAAUUUGCCACCUUGUACUACAAGACUUCUUUUAUAUUGUAACUGAUCUGUUUAUAUCUCUUCAAAACAAGGGUUUUCACACUAACCCCCCUCCCCUUCCACCCUGUCGCCAAGUGAUCAUUGCCUUUAUUCUGAUGUACAGUCAAACGCCAUUAGUAAAGACUCUCAGGGGGCCAUAGGAAAUGUCUGUGUAACGGGGUGUCCAUGAUAAGUGGGUUGAAUAUAGAAAAAAUGUAAGGGCUUUCUUUUGAUCACCAGGGACAAAGCAAACUGUCGGUAAUAAUGAGGUGUCCAUAUAAAGUGGGUGUCUGUAAGGCGGGGCUUGGCUGUACCCUUCUCGUGCGCCCCUUUUUUCUUGUGCCUACUACUUCCAAGCACCUGCUAUGCAAGCUAUACUUGAUAUUUCAUUAGGCAGUGGUACUGUGAAGAAGAGAAGAUCAAAAAGUCAUUUCACCUAAACUGGCUGCAACAUGGUGCUUUUGAACUCAUGCAAAAAAGUUGAAAGAAUUUACAAAUGCUCUGAAGCUUCUUUGUGAUGGACUGAAUUUGCCAUUGACAAAAGUCAUGCCUUUUUGUAUUUACUCAUCGUGUUUUUGUGUUAAUGAUACUGAAGAUUUCUUCUUGUUGUUGUUUUUUAGACAUUGAUGACAUUGAGAAACACAUGCCAGGACUGUUAAAGGUAAUUGUGAUGUUAAAUGAUUAUAUUGACAAUGCUUUAAUCAUGAAAGUGAUGGAGAUAAUGUGUUUUACAGGCUUCUAUUGACUGGUUCAAGAUCUACAAAAUACCUGCUGGCAGUAAAGAAAAUGAAUUUGCCUUUAAUGAUGAAGCCAAAAACAAGGUAUGGGAUAGAUACAUUGUAAGAUUAAUGAGUGUCUUCCCUCCAUCUUGAUGUACCCUGCAUAGGAUUCGCUUGAAAGUAAUGGGCACCAAGAAAGAACGGGGCACACCUCUAUGCAAGUUAAUCUUGAUGCCAGUUUAUGUCUCCUCUGUCAAGUUGGUGAUGAUGUUAUUUGCCCCCACAAAAUCUCCAGGGAUUUCAGAUAUACCGGUACUGUACAUAUCCCAAGGUCCAUUCUGUGAGCGGUGGUCAAAUCCAUACAAUCUUGUUCCAAUCUAUAAGAAGAAUGUAUUCUUCUUCAACAAAUGCAGUGAACUACUUCUUUAAUCUUCUCAGCUCUUCCCUUUUUAGAGCAGAUAAUAUCAUUGCCUUUACAGCAGACUUUGUGCCAAAAGGAGGGGCGCUCAAAAUAAUGUAUAGGCUGUGGCCAGACACAAUGACCAGCUGAGCCAAUGAAAUUUUUGCUCCUUCAAUUCUCAUUUUCUGACCGGUCAAAUGAUUAAGAAAAAAAGUGAACUAAACCUUAUCCUCAUGUGAUUUUCUGUUAGUGGAUGUGAUUGUAUUUUUACAAAGAGACAAAAUCUAAGAUUUACAGGUAAGGAUGUGGCUGUUUGUUAAAAAAUACAGCCUGCGUGACCAGUCAACAUGACUGGUUUGGCCAGUCAAGACUCCAUUCUGGCUGGACAUAUCAUUUGACCGCGGCCGUUAUUUUGAGCCCUGAGUAGAAUACCUGGAAAGUAGAACCUGCUGUUUCCAUGAUGGGUUUUGAGUGUAUGAUAUAUUUUUUCUUAUCUUAAUAUUCUAGGAAUUUGCGAUGAGGAUCAUUAAUGAAACACAUGAGUGUUGGAAAAAGCUCAUUUUAAAGAAAGUGGAAAAUGACAAAGGCUUAGCCUGGUAAGAAACUUUGAAUUUUAUCCACUCAGAGUUAAUCUGUGAACAAAUAAUUGCAUGUAACAAUAAAAAGUAAUUUUUGUCUAUUGAGGACUUGGGUGUAGCCAAGACUAAUGCAGUAGAACCCCGGUAACUCGAACUUGGAAAACUUGAACUCGCCUGCUAACUCGAACUACUGUAAGUCACAUUUCGCUUGGAAUUCAAACCCACUUUUCAGUCAUUUUUACCCGGUUAACUCGAAUUCCUUGCUAACUCGAAGUUUUAAUGUCGAGCUUACAUCGUAGGUCUUUCACAAUCCUUUACUACGUACGUUCUCAUACAAGCUGCACGUUCUAAAACUAAUAACACCCAAAUAUGCAUACUAAUCACUAGGCGUGUCACGGAUGCGGUCACGCCAUUACAUCUCUCCCCCCAUCACGUGGAUGGGACGCAACGGUGCGAACGAAAACAGCAAACAAAAAAUAAAUAAAUAAACUAAAUAAAUUAAAUGUUGCUAAUAACGAGUAAGCCCUUGUGUCCUUUACAGGCUCUAACGUAGCUAGUAGACACGCAAAUUCUCGCUAUUCGCAAAUAAAGUCCUUAUAUUUAGUGUCCUUUGUGGAUCUUGUUUUCCUUCUGGGCCUGUCCAAGGGCGCAUGUCUUCGCUCUGUGUCACGGUCUGAUGCGGGCUGCCGAGAUCUCUGCCUACUCUCGUACUCAGCUGUGUCGCUGUUUGCUCUUGGCUGCUCAUGACCUUGCCUUGAUUCACUGGAUCUGUCCGCUGGAACUGCAUCUCCACUUGGCCCUGCUAAGGGUCUGUCCGCUGGAACUGCAUCUCCACUUGGCCCUGCUAAGGGUCUGUCCGCUGGCAAUGCAUCCCCACUCGGCCCUGCUAAGGAUUGCUCUGGACAUUCAAUUAUAACUUCAUCCGGUUCAAAUGCCUCACCGCUGUCAGAAUCAUCACACCGCGGUGAUUCCCUACAACCAUUUUUGAGCAGUUUCCAAUCGGCGUAAUUCCUGGUGCGAAUCCUAACACUGUUCUUGGCAGUGACCAAGCUUCCCUUGACGCCAAUGACUACCAUAGGCUCCGGGUCAUACAGAGGGGUCAGGCUGUUUUACGUUCCUGCUUGCACAACACAGUGUCCCCGACUUUAAUUUUCAUCACGGCUGUGUGUCUUCUUUUAUCAGCAUAUUGUUUCAUCUUCUGUUUUUGCUCUCGGUCCCGACAGCGGAUCAUCGUGUCAUCCCUGUAUUUAGGCUGUCCCUUGACUUCAGGGAACUUUCCACGUAAUUCCCUUCCGAACAUGAGCUUGUUCGGGCUGACUCAGUUGUCGCAUGCUCAGUUGCUCUGUAUGCCCUGAUUCCCCGGUUCACUUCAUCCCUCACGGGUUUGCCUUCCAAAGAGGCGAUCCGAGCGGUCUUCUUUACUCUCUGCAUGAACCUUUCUACAUCGCCGUUGGCUUCUGCCCACCCGGGUGUCACUUUCCGGUGCUUAAACCCCUCCUCUUUUGCGUAUUCUUCGAAUUUAUGGCUGUUGAAGGGCGGUCCGUUAUCUGAUUUGAUUUCUUUUGGCACUCCAUAUGUGUCGAACACCCUCUUGAAAGUCGGUAUUGUUGCUUUCUCGCUCGUGGACCCCACGAAUUCAACCACUGGGUAUCUGGCAUAUUGACAGUAAAAUACGAGGGCGAGGUCACCACUCGCCAUUGGUCCGCAAAAAUCCACGCUGACCUUCUCCCACGGUCCUUCCGGUAGGUCUGUCAUCCGGAGUGGCUCGCGAUGCGUUUGCGGCGUGUUAGAUUGGCAGGCGAUGCAAGUGGACACGAAUUUGUCACAUUGUGAGUCCAUUCCGGGAAACCAUACAUGCGCUCUCAAAAGCUGUUUUGUUCGCACCUGGCCCUGAUGACCCUCGUGCGCAAUUUCCACCAUUCUAUGUCUGAGUUUUGCGGGCACAACGAUCCGAUCCCCUCUCAAGACAAUCCCGUCUACUAUGGUUAGUUCAUGGAAAACUUGCCGAAAUUCGUGUGUCCUUGUAUCGUUUGUGUCUAUCCAGCCUUGGUUGAUGUACUUCUUUAGUGCCUGAAGUGCUGGAUCUUCCUCAGUGGCGUUCUUUACCUGGUCUCUGGUGACAGCUUUGGGCGUGCUGCACGUUACCACAUAGUUUACAUAAUGCCGUACCUCCUUAGUCGUUCUCAAUUCGGACUUGGAGCACUCGUGAAGUGGCAUAGGGUGACGUGACGUGUAAUCUGAUAUGUUCUCUUUCCCAGGACGGUACUCUACUAUGAAAUCAUAGUCCAUCAUACGAUUGACGAUCCUUUGGACCCGGAUCGAAGAUGUGUGGGUGGGUUUGUUGAACACACUUGCAAGAGGCUUGUGGUCAGUCACGAUCUUAAAGGGUCUCCCAUACAGGAACAGGUGGAAUUUCUUGCACCCAAAAUCACCUGCUAGAGCUUCUAAUUCAAUCUGGCUAUAUCGUUUUUCCGGGUCGGUGAGGCUCCGACUGGCAUAUUGCACCACUCUGCAACAUUGUUCUCCAGGCUUUCUCUGCGUAAGUGUCGCGGCCAAACCCACAGGGCACCCAUCAAUAUGAAGCUCGUGCUCCGCCUGGGGAUCAAAGUAUGCUUGGACUGUGUCGCUACUGAGCAUGUUCUUAAGUUCCUCGAAUGCUUCUGAGUGUUCCGGUUUCCAUUCGAAUUUUCCGGUCACUAGCUCACCCAGUUUGCACGCCGCUUUCUGAUACUGUUUGGCUUCCAUGAAUCGUGAACUAUAUCUGACCGUACAGAGGAAUGAGUUAAGUUCGGCUGCAUUUCUAGGGCGUCCUGCAGAUUUAAUGGCUUUCACUUUGCAUGGGUCUGGAGAUACUCCAUCUUUAGAGAACAUCAAGCCAUAGUAGACCACGCGAUCUUUUCUGAAUUCACAUUUUGCUCUGUUGAAUGUGACAUUCUUUUCGCGGCUUCUCUCGAGUAAUGCUACCAGGUUUGCAUCGUGUUCUUUUUUGUCACGCCCAUGCACAAUGAUGUCAUCACUUAUGUUGAAAACUCCCUUCAGGUCGUGCGUCAAUUCCUCUCUGAUCGUCUCUUGAAAUAUCUCUGCCGCUGACCUUGUACCAUAGUUGAGCCUCUUAUACCUGUACAAGCCAAUGUGAGUUGAAAAGGUCGUUACGUUCCGCGAACUUUCUUUGAGUUCAAGUUGGUGGUAUCCCUUGCUCAUAUCCAGGUGGGAGAACACCGUUGACCCGCUCAGCUCGUUGACCACGUCGUCUAUUGUGGGGUGCUGGGUGUGUCUGCGGGGUAUUGCCUGAUUUGCCACGCGCAUGUCCACGUUCAGACGUAUCUGGCUCUGAUCUUUCUUGGGCAUAACCACAGGCGGUGACACCCAUCCUGUAGGUUCGUUGACUUUUUCAAUGAUGUCUUGAUCAAUAAGAUGCUUUAUUUCUUCUUCCAUCUUCUGACGUACGCUGAACGGUUGCCGGCGUGGUGGCUGUGCAACCGGCUUAAAAUCAGGGUCUACAUUCAAAUCGACCUGGAUUCCUUUUAGCUUUCCAAUUCCUUGAAACCGGUCCUUGUAUUCCUCUAACACUUCAUUCAGGUUGUCUGUCCCUUCUGGCUGAUUGCUUUCUGUUGCAAUUGAAUUGGUCACAAGAAUCAUUCCGAGGUCUCUCGCAUCAUUGUACCCGAGCAAAGGUUCGGUGCGGGUGUCUCCUUUUAUUAGCUGCCACGUGAUCACUUUCAUCUUUGUCUUAGAUUCCGUAAGUGCUUCAAAACAACCCAGAACAGGCAGCGUGUUUGCUUUCGACGCUGCCCCGUAUGGUUUUAUUUGGCAUCUUGACUUUCUAACCUUUACUCUUUUGUCUAGGCCGUAUUUCUUGAACGUUGCCUCAUCCAUAGCGUUGACCGUAGCACCGCUGUCCGGUAGUACCGUAAUGUCAACUCCGCUAAUUAGCACUGUUUUUAGGGGCCUAUUGUGUGACUGUCCCACGGGGUUCACCUCUUGCAGCGUGCACGUGAACUCUUCAUCACUGCUGUCCGACGAUGUGUCAGAUAUUUGCUCGCCUCCUUGUGCUAAUUUAAUUUCUUGCCUGUUUUUGCAACACUUUGCAAAAUGGUUUCUUUUGCCACAUCGCGUACACUGUUUUCCAAAAGCCGGGCAUUUCCUUUGCCCCCCCUGGUGUGGCCAACGUUUCCCGCAAUUAAAACACAGUUUUUCUCUACCUUUGUCGACAGUGGUUUUAUUGAUUUCUUGCUUGACAGUCACUUCGGUCGUCGUUUGGUUUUCUACUCUUGUAGCGUGUUGAUCCGCACUCUCAAGGCCACGAGCGUAUUUGAGAGCUUCAGCUAGCGUUAGUUGGUCUUGCAAAAGCUUUCUUCUCACUCUCUUUGAUUUGCCGUUCGUUAUCAUGGCCAUUAAUAUCUCUGUAUCCAACCAUUCUGCCGGAAAAUCACAGUGUUCGCCCUCUGCUUUUAGCCUAGCGAUGAACGAGUCCCAGGUUUCAUCUUUUCCCUGUAUAGUGCAACGAAAUUUGUGUAUAUUGAACAGCCGGUUUUGCGAUUCUUUGAACUUGUUCAGAAGUGCGGUGAUAGCUCCGUCCAAAUCCGUUCCCGUAUCGUCAAGCUGUUCGAAUAUAUCUAGUGUGGCUUCGCCUAUCGAAUCUAGGAACAAUGAUCUUUGUUGGUGCUUGUCUGUGAUGUUGUAGGCUUUCAAGUGGUUGUUCUUGAACCGCUUAGCAUAUUUUGAGAAGCGCGCGUAUACCGUUUCGGGGUCAUUCCGAACGUCGAAUUCGGGAAAUUGUUUGUAUCCAAUGUUUACCGCCAUUCCACUUUUACCUCGUCGCCAAUUUAAUGUCGAGCUUACGUCGUAGGUCUUUCACAGUCCUUUACUACGUACGUUAUAAUACAAGCUGCACGUUCCAAAACUGAUAACACCAAAUAUGCAUACUAAUCACUAGGCGUGUCACGCAUGCGGUCACGCCAUUACAGAAGUUGAAGGCAAAUGUAACUGAAAUUUACCCUGAUAACGGUAACUCAAAUUCUGGUUCAUGCAUCUCCACUUGAUAUCUUUCCAUU